GCAGGCAGCUGCUGACAGCCGAAGUGAACCGCUCCCCCAUCAGUCAGUAAACUGGAUCAAACGGAGACAUUACUGGACAGCUCAGUGGAAAUACAAAAGUUGCGUACAUGGUCGUGUAAUGUUGAUGGGAGACACGUUUAACAACUUUAAACCGACUCCAGCUCUUGUCAGAGUAACGUUAUUGUUAAUGGUACACUGAGUGAACACUGUUGCUUCGAGUUUCAGCAGGAGUUACGUUGACGUUAGCAAUAACCAUAGGUAUCUAGCAGGCAAAGCUAGGUAACGUCAGUGUUUACGGUUGCAUUGGGCAGCCCGUCGCUCUAGUCUGUCACGGUAACAAAACGCCAGGUUGUCGGGGACGUUGUAAAGAUGGGUGACAUUAACCCAUCGACAUCCAAUGCAUUUCAGCCAGAGGGCUUCAGUCCGCCAUUCAGGAGGAGGAGGACGGUGGAGGAUUUUAACAAGUUUUGCACUUUCGUCUUGGCUUACGCCGGCUACAUCCCAUAUCCCCAAGAGGACUCUCCACUGCGCAGUAGUUCCAGCCCCCCCAACAGUACAGGCAGCACAGCUGACAGUGAUGGCUGGACCCCUGGACCCCCAACCUCUUGCCCCCAGCGCCCCCCCAAGGCUCCCCAGGACAGAAGCAGGAAACGACCACAGCCAGGAGCCACUCUGUCCAGCCACACCAAAAAAGACCACACAUUUACUAGCCUUCACCCAGAUGACCGCAGGAAAGCCGACAAGCUGAAGAAGAAGAAAAGAAGAAAGGAGAGGGAGCAGCAUUCAAGCGGAGAGGAAGGCAUGGUCCACCAGACCAACUCUACAGUCCAGGGGUUGCAGUACCCCGUUCCCUUUGGUGGGAAAAUGAUCAAAGAAGAGCCAGAAGAUGAUAUCAGCAUUCCCCUCCAUCCCCAGCGCCUGCACAGCCCCGCCACCUGUAAAGAAGAGCCCAGUGAUGAGCAGCGACCCUGGGAAGGUCAAGACCUGGAGGAAGGGGUGGUGAAGGUACAGAAGGUGGAGGGCUUUUCAGGAAAUAGAACAGUGUUCAGACAGGGGAAACAGGUGGUGUUCAGAGACGAGGACGGCUCAGGAGAGGAUGAAGACAUCAUGGUAGACUCAGACGAUGACUCGUGGGACCUUGUGACGUGUUUCUGCAUGAAGCCCUUUGCAGGCCGCGCCAUGAUCGAGUGCAACAAGUGCAACACCUGGAUCCACCUGUCAUGCGCCAAGAUCCGCAAGAGCCACGUGCCAGAGACAUAUGUGUGCCAGAGCUGCCGGGAGAUGCACGGAAACCCAGAUACCCGCCGCUCUCACCGCUCGCGAGUAGGCCCACGCAAGCAUCUGCUAGACUGACCCCAGAUCAACCCCUGAACUCUGACUCCUUCCACUACCCCCCCAACCCACCACCCCCCCGCACCUGCUGGACUGACCCCUUCCUCAAAUUCAGGUCUUGCACCCUUCAGUCUUUGUCCUUCAUGGUCAGCCACAUUUUCUAUGAACACUUUGGUGGACCUAACCGGAGCCUUUAUCCCAUUUGUAAACAGUUUGAUGCUAUUUUAGAUUUCCUAAGGUUUGUUUCUGCUUCCCUACAGACUCUGUGCGUAAGGCAAUCACUGAGCAGAUGUCUGUCUGUAGAUGACAUUAGCAUAGCAGCAAACCGCUACCUACUACAGACUCUGUGUCGUGUGAACACUGGAAACAUUUGAACUGCCAUAUGUAGAGAGAAUAACCCCUCACAACUGCCACCCCCAUGGUGCAUGCUGGGAUUUAUGGGAAAGACAGUUUGCACUUUUUUCCAUCACUUUUUAAAAGAAACAUCCAUCUCACUGUUCUGUCACAGGGGACAGGUACGUCCUUGUGAUUAAACUGGAUCUUAUUUCUCAUAGAAGCCUCCUGUUAUUGUUACACAAUUAACCGUUAAAAUGAGAAAAACAAGUUAAGCCUUGUGUACUUGCUUCAGAUGGUGCUAUAGUAUAAAGCUGAGGUAUAAUCAAAUAGAACAAAGGUGUAGGAAAGCGUAAAGUCUGCAUCUGCUUCAUCUGUUUUCCUUAGUUGUUUUUGUUAUUUAAGACAUUGUGGAAGAUUAUCAUUGUGGCUUUAAGCCCGUAAAGCUGAACAAGCACUUGUUCUCUCUUCCUUCUUCUUCACAAAAACUGUCUUCCAGCCUCAGCUACUCCUCUGAAUCAAGGUGUUCACCUGGCCACAUGUGGAGCUUCUAUACACUUUGCUUUCCAGUGUUCUUAUUUUAUGAGACGUAUGUUUCUGAGGAUCUUUUUUCAUUAUAAAUAACUCAGUUAUUUCACAUAUUUGAAAAGCCAGACAACAUGAAAGGUUUAACCAACUUGGCUUUAUACUUGUUCCGAUACCAGUACAGUGUCUGAAACCACAUAAAUGCAUUAUCAUACCUGCAAAAAUAACAGUCAGUGCAGUGAAUUGAUAAUACUAGCUAGCCCAACAAAAAUGUGCCUGUUUCUACUCUUGACUAAAAGCCAACAAGUGUUGUCCUGAAGUUUAUAACUUCUUCUUCCUCUUUUCUACCAACAUAUCUGAAGUGUAAAAUUCUGAUAUUGGGACAACCCUAAUUUUGAUACCACAGCAACAAAAAAGAAUCCUAGCCACCCAAAACUUUGGAGUUUUUUUAAAUUUUGAAUUACCAAAAACAUAGGCAAACUCCUGCACUCUAAAUUAUACAAAUAUAUCUGCAACUUUUACAUACCAAAUGGUUGCCAACUUUUUUGUACAAUUGAGACCAUGCUCUCUUUCAGUAGCAACAGCAUUGGGGUAAAAAUAAAACUUCAGAUUUUCACUUUCAUUUUUUUUUAAGCUUGGGUAGUUUAUGAUGCUAAUGAUCAUUGAAAAUAGAGUUGUUAAGAUUGUACUCUUUUUGAUCAAAAUAUAUCAGAUAGUAUCAAAAUAUUAAACCUUUUACGACCCUGUUGGCUACCCAGUUUUAAAUUGUAAUUUGGUGCUGCUAGUAACGUCUGUGUAAGAGUUGCAAAGAAGAACUGAUUUCAUGUAAAUUAUCUUGUGAUGGUAGCCAAAAAUAAAUGAGGAGCAAGCAGAAGGUGUAAUGAUAACUGAAGCAAGCAAAGUGUUAGCCAUUCACCACUGAUUUAAAAAUACACUUUCACUUGUAAAGAAGGAGUGCUCACUGUUGGCUAAUAUUAAAAAUCUAGGUGUCAUGAUCUGAAUGGUAUCAGAACAACUCCUAUUUAUUGUUUUCCGUUGUCUGUGCUCAGUGUUGCAUUUCAUGACAGGAAUGAUGAACAGCCUUAAUGUUCAUGAAGACUUUGUUUCUUUUAAACAGUUUGAUGCUCAUGUUAAAAGUUUUCAGACGAGUAUAUUUACAGAAGGGAACUCAUGGCCGUCCUGUUUAGGUAUCAGCAGAAUAAAAGCUAUCAUAACUGGAACAGUGUUGUUGGAAAAGACGCUCCAGUUGGAAUUAUGCAUGUGAGUGUGUGUUUGAAUGGUUUACACUGUGUGAGGGUGAAGGCAAAUGCAUGUGCUGCUAUGAGUUGUCUCAGCUGAGCUCCCUGGUUUUUGGUCUAUCAUAAGACAGAUUUCUGCUAUGUACCAUGGGAAGGGUUUGGGAAUUUUUACGUUUUUUUCUGACGGGUCAUAUCAGAAGAACAGAUAUCAAUCUCCUAUCACCUCUCACAUUUUUAAAGCAGUAUUUAGUUGCUUAUGUAAGCAGCAGGUGUAUUGGGAAAAUGUUUUUAGGGCACAAUACAAAAAGAUUUUAAGCUGUUAUUCAUGUGCCAUCUGCUGUUGUCUCUGAUUAUAUAAAAGCCAUACUGUAGAGUGACAUAUUUUAGACUCAGAGCCUUGGAUAUUAGUCCAGGAAGGGAUUUAACAAUGCAGAAUCAAUGACUUGGCCAGGGAACGACUAAAACACACACACACGCAAUGAAUGUUUGGUUUGUAAAGAACACAAGACUUCUCCGAGAGUUUAAGCUCAUCUCUGCACUCGUCUUCUGCUAUUUACAAAUGUUGGUACCUAGCAAACAUCCAGGUUUGAUGUUUUCAAGAUCCCAAAAUGAUUUCUCAGGACGUUCAUGUCUUGAAGAGAACCUGAAGAUAUCUUCAGGCAUAAAAGUCUAAGUUUAGUGUGUGUCUUUAAGACAUCGGUGUAAUUAUUGUUAACAAUGCUCAUUGUGAUACAGUUUAUUCUGAUCCUGGGUUGUCCUAUCCCCCUUAUUGAGAAAGCGUUGUCUGUACUGUGGUGCAAACUGUUUCUGUGAAACUAUUGUAAACUAUUGUAAAUAAAGAGUUACCAUUUUAA